AUGGGAACCAUACCGCCUGUCAGUCGCCAUGAGCAUGAAAAAUCAGCAGGAAAUAGUUACGAGGUAGACCUUGAAAUUCAACAUAGUAUUCUGGGGGUCUCAGCGACCCUCAACUCAAUGAUGCAAAAAAUGAAGAGAACAAAACUACGAUAUGAAACGCUCCCAGUAACCAAUCUUGACGAGAAUAUCGUAGGUUGGGAUAGUCAAGAGGACCCCGCGAUGCCCUUGAAUUUCUCGUCGCGGGAUAAAUGGACGUGGGUGGGCUUGCUGUCUAUAUAUGGGCGCAAGCCCGUCUUAACCGCCGCCAACGUCUUCUUCUGUCUUUGGCAGAUCGGAUGCGUCUUAGCCCCUAAUAUCGAAACCCUCAUUGUCUCUCGUUUCUUCAGUGGUGUUGGUGGAGCUGGAUGCUUGACGCUCGGCGGUGUCAUUGUUGGCGAUCUUUUUCGCCCAGAUCAGCGAGGUUUUGCGAUAGGUGUAUGGAACAUUGGGCCCUUACUCGGUCCAACUGUUGGGCCUGUGAUCGGGGGUUUCUUAACCAAGUUCCCAGGAUGGCGAUAUGACUUUUGGAUUGUGUUUGCCGCUUCCUCACUAGUUACGAUUCUGAUCCAAAUGAUAACAAGAGAAACCAAUCAUAAAGUCUUAAUACAGAGAAAGACAGUGCUGCUUAGAGCAGAGCUUGGACAAGCUAGCCUCAAGAGCUGCUAUGAUAACUCGAAUGGCCAAGGUACAAGCAGAAUCAUACUUACUGGCUUAAUAAGGCCAUUGAAAAUGCUUGUUCUGUCUCCCAUAGUGUUGCUUCUCUCGUUAUAUAUUGCUUUCGUCUUCGGAACCGUCUACCUCCUUUACACGACAAUCCCGGCUGUGUUUGAGAAAACAUAUGGAUUCAACGUCGAUCUAACAGGGCUCGUGUAUCUCUCUCUUGGCUUGGACAGAACCAUUAUCCGUCUAGCCCAGGCCAACGAUGGUCACUUCGAGCCCGAAAUGCGCCUUAUGAUCAGUAUAUACUUCGGCAUCUUCCUUCCGGUGACCCUGUUCUGGUACGGUUGGAGUGCCGCUAACAAGAAUCAUUGGGCAUCCACGCUGCUCUCUCUGACCCCGUACGGUUUUGGCAUUAUGGGACUCUUCUUGCCUAUCACUACGUAUCUCGUCGAUAGGUACCCGAUGUAUUCGGCGUCAGCGAGUGCCGCGAACAUCAUCCUCAGAAGUACAGUAGGAGCCCUGCUUCCUUUGGCAGGGCCGCCGUUAUAUGACACUCUUGGUCUCGGAUGGGAUAAUUCAUUGCUCGGGUUUAUCUGUAUUGCCAUGAUUCCAUUGCCCAUCAUUUUCUACAAGUUUGAGGGCCGACUACGUAAAGCAGAGCGCUUGAGGCUUUGA